ACGAAAGUGCGAUCGACAGUGUAAAAGCACGACUAGUUUAUAAGUUUAUAUAAACAUUGUUAAAGUUUUGUGCGGCUCGUUCUUUAAGUACAUCCUUUGCAAGUAUUAUUAUACAAUGGUAAACUUAAAGAAUAAAGACGUCGUCGAAGAGACUAGCCUGACGUUCAGAAUUCAGGACGAUAUUUUGAUUGGCAAGGAAAUACCGAUUCACAAGGAAUGCACGAACGUGGGAGCACUGGUGUUAGAGAAGCUACGAAGCAGGCCGGAGUUCAUCGCGCAGGUGGAGGCGGUUGCCGGCACGAAGACUACUUUUGCGGAAAUGACGGAGAAAAGCGUGAAAUGCGCGCUGUGGCUGAGAGAGCAGGGUAUUCAGCCAGGCGAUAUAAUCGGCAUUUGCACUCACAAUCACUUGGAGUCAUACGUGCCACUGUUGGCGGCACUCUACAUCGGUGCCAUUAGCAACCCGUGGGACAACGAACUUUCCCCAACCACCGCGCGAUAUUUCCUGUCGCUAACGAGACCGAGGGUGGUGUUCGUAAACGUCGAAUCGGCCGAGUGCCUAGCACAAGUCAUCAAGGAAGACAAUCUGGACACUAGACUAGUAGUGUUUGGCGAGCUGACAGGAUUCGAAGACGUGUCCCUGAAGAGCGUUCUGCAAUCCCAAGACACCGUUCAGAUCGACGAAUUCGAAUGCGUACAGCUGACCAGUCCAGGUCAGAUCGCCACGAUUGUUUGCUCGUCAGGCACUAGCGGUUCCCCGAAAGGCACUGAGAUCAGUCACGCAUCCAUGAUCAAUUACAUGAAUCACGUCAAGAUCCACGAUCUCAGGGGCCACGUGUCCAUGUGGACGCCUUCCAUGCGCUGGUAUUGCGGCCUAUUCAUCGUCAUCAAGGCUAUUCUAGACUGCUCGAAAAGGAUCAUAGUUCCGGAUUCCGACAACGACGAGAUGCUGUGCCACUUCAUUGAGAAAUACGAGGUAUCCUGGUUUAGAUGCGAUUCCUGCUUCCCCAUCCGGCUGGUAAAGUUCGGUGUAUUGAACAAGUACAGACUACCAACAUUGAAAAUCCUUUUGUUCGGCGGCGCACAUUUCCGGGGGGAGUUGCAGCAGGCUCUGGUGAAACUUUUGCCACACACCGAUGUCAUACUGAGUUACGGAAUGACGGAUUACGGUGGAUUAUGCGCCCGUCAGACGAAAUACAGUAAACCAGGCAGCUGCGGAUUUGUGUGCGAAACAGGACGGCUGAAAGUGGUCGAUCCUAACACGGGAAAGGUCUUGGGGGCCAACAAAACCGGAGAAAUAUGGGCCAAAUCGUCGUACAUGAUGAAUGGAUACUACAACAACCCCGAAGCCACGAAGAACGCUAUCGAUUCGGACGGAUGGUUACAUACUGGCGACCUCGGCUACUAUGACGACGAUGGUGAAAUUUUCCUUGUGGACAGAAUGUCGGAAUUCAUUAACUACAGAGCCAUUAAAAUAUCGCCCGCGGAAAUCGAAGCUUUAAUUCAGCAACAUCCCGCGGUCCUCGAAGUCGCCGUAGUAGCGGUACCACACGAAAUCGACGAGGAACACAUCAUGGCUUUUGUCGCAAAAGUACCUGGCAAAGAGGCGACGGAACUCAACCUAAGCGACUUGGUGGAGCAGAACAUGCCAUGGUACUGCAGGUUGCAUGCGGGAGUUAAAUUCAUGCAAAGACUUCCUCGCACGGCUACAGGGAAGAUCGCUAAGAAGGAACUCAAGCAGAUUGCUAAGAUCUAUGCGACAAAACAUAUUAUUGAUUUCACGAAGCAACGUUCUUGUUCUGAAUUAUUGUAUAUUCGCGUUUUUCCCCAGUAUGCACCGUCGUUCAGAAUCGAGAAUAACAUAUUGAUUGGCGUGGAGGAAGUUGAUCUGGAAUGCACAAGUGUUGGAGAACUAGUACUCAAUAGAUUGAAAAGUAAGCCGAAUUUCAUUGGACAGGUAGACUUUGCCUCGGGAAAUACGAGCACAUAUGCAGAAAUGAGAGAACAAAGUAUCAAGUGUGCCUUGUGGUUAAGAAAGCACGGCAUCCAAAAAGGUGACAAGGUUGGCAUAUGGACUGACAAUCACCUGGACACAUACGUACCGGUACUCGCAAGUCUGUACGUUGCCGCAGUAAUCUGUCCAUGGGACCACGAUGUAUCAAAAAUAUCCGCACGGUACUGCUUAUCACUGACGUCUCCGAAGAUAGUUUUCGUGAACGCUUCAUCUGCCGAGAAUCUGGUAGAAGUUGCCAAGGAAGAGAAUCUCGCAGUGAAAGUUGCGAUUGUUGGCAACCGGCCAGGAUUCGUAUCCCUAACAGACAUUCUCCAGGCGAAUAUUACCUCCUCAGAAAUCGACGAGUUUCGUUGCACCAAAAUUGAUGAUGCUCGUGAUUUAGCAUUGAUAUGUUGCUCUUCCGGUACAACAGGCAUGCCGAAAGGAACCGAGUUAUCCUACGCAUCCCUCUAUAAUAGCAUUACCCCAAUUGAGGAAGUACAUCUGAUUGACGAAGUAUCAUUAUGGAUGCCCACGAUACGAUGGCAUUACGGACUAACUUUGGUCAUCGAAGUUAUUAUUUCAGACUCGAAAAAGAUUAUUAUGCCAGACAACAUCAGUGAAGUUGAGAUAUGCAAGAUCAUCCAAAAGCAUAAAGUAACAUGGUUUGCAUGUGACACAUGCAUUCCAUUGCGUUUCCUUAAGUACAAUAUUUUACAAGAAUACCCUCUGCCGUCCCUGAAGAAGCUCGUCGUCAGUGGUGCGCCUUUUACAAAGGAAUUACAAGAGGCAGUCGCAAAGGCUAUGCCACACACUCAAGUAUUACAAUGUUACGGACUAACAGAUGCUGGGGGUUUAUGCGUGAGUCAAGCGAAAAAUAGCAAGCCGGGUUCCUGUGGCUUUGUAACCAAGGGUGUACGAAUAAAGGUAGUAGAUGCAAAGACUGGCGAAACAUUAGGGGCCAAUAAGAAGGGUGAACUCUGCAUAAAAUCAAAAUUCUUAAUGAAUGGUUAUCACAAAAAUGAGGAACAAACUAAGGAAGCAAUCGAUUCAGAUGGAUGGUUGCAUACAAAAGACAUAGUGUAUUAUGAUGAAGUAGGCGAGAUUUAUUUCGUCAGCAGGAUUUCGGAUUUCAUUAACUACGGUAGCAUCAAAUUGUCAACGGCGGAAAUAGAGGGUGUACUCGAGCGUCAUCCCUCAGUCCUCAAGUCUGCGGUAGUUCCGAUACCACACGAAACGGAUGAAGAGCACCCGAUGGCUUUCAUUCAAAAAGUACCCGGGAAAAAUGUAACAGAAGAAGAGUUGCAUAAUCUAGUGAAAAAGAAUUUACCAUGGUAUUGCAAACUUAUAGGCGGAAUUAAAUUUAUGGAUGAAUUUCCGCGUGUAAGUACUGGGAAAAUCGAUAAGAAGCGAUUAAAACUAUUAGCGAAAAGUUAUUCCAAUUGAAUUUCUGAAAGAGAAAUUAUGUACAACAUAAUUGUAAAUUGUAUAUGUAUGAAACUCCAUUACAAUAAAAAGCAAUUUAUAAUCCACAUUUAU